CAUGGGGCAAAGCGGAGCCUUCAGAGCAGGGGCACCUUGCUGGGCUUCUUGACCAACAUCCUCACGGAUCUCUCCACUGCCACCAACUACUGGAUCCGCUACACGGGGGGCCACAGGGGCCUGUGGCAGGAGUGCAAUGUCGGCAUCUGCUCCAACAUCCCCUGCCAGUCCAGGCUGGCGGUGACCGGCGCGAGCAUGGUGCCGGCAGCGGGCUUUAGCGUCGUGGGCUUGGUGAUGGCGCUGAGGAUUCUGUACCACGAGCGCUAUCUUCUAUCUACAGAGGCCCAGGGGUCGCGGUGAGGCGGCCUCCUGCUGCUGAUCGCCCUAACUGCCUACACCGUGAAGAACGCGUGUAAAAACGACGUCUUCUCCUGGCCCUACCUUUUGGGGUGUCUGGCUUUACCCUUCUCUGUUCUCGCGGGCUUCUGCUUUCUGCUGGCGGAGAUCUUGCAGAGCACGGAUGCCAUCAGCGGAUUUCCCGUGUGCUUGGGACCGCAGCCGGCCUGGGGCAAAAUAAAGGAACGGCUUCUACCCCCGCGGCUCCGCGUGCCUUUCUGGGGGAGGUGUGAAUGCGGGAGCAGGAACACGAGGAGGACACGGGGGUCCAUCGAGGCACAGGGAGGACAUAAGGACGUGAACCUAUAAGGAACGUGGCAACGUGGGGAACAGGGACCGUGGAGAAGCGAACGUGGACUGGACCAGGGACAUGGAUUUGGAAGGGAACGGA